GUUUGUUAUAUUGUCGACGCGAAGAUAUUUUUCAACCGUCAUUUUUUCAAAACCGCGAAUUAGAGAGUAAACCACCGGAGAGUUCGUUCGCCGCCAUGAAACCAGCAAGUGCUACGGUGGCUAAACACGACGGUGAACGAGAAGACGAGAAAUUCGCGGUGGGGACGGUAUACGCUGUCAAGCUGAUCACCGGAGAUGAGUUCAAUGGCAUUGUCUUGGCAUAUGAUUCUGCACCCAACUUCGCCAUUUUCGAAGAAGGAACGAAGCCUAAACCUCUGGAUUCGAAGACCUUACGGAAGGUGAAUGCGAAAUACGUAACGGAGAUGAAGAAUAUGGGGAAUGUGAAGGAUCCGCUCGCUAAAAAGACUUUGGUUAAUCUUGAUGGACUCAUAGAUAAAGAGAAUCAAGCCAUUAGGAACGUCGAGAAAAUUGGUUUUGGUGUUACCUCAGAAGCGCAGAAGAUCUUUGACGCGAUUUCUAAGACGCUUCCUAUACGCUGGGAUAGCAAAGACAUGCUGGUAAUGGGAGAAGUGAUUGUUCGUAGCCCUUAUCAUUCUGAUUGUGUCUUUGGAGGAACCCGUGCUGUCAAUGAUCGAGUCAAGACUGUGCUGGAGCAGGUGAGAAAGAAGUUGCAACUCAGUGACACAUGAGAUGAGGCCAUUGAUGGAGUUGUUCAAUGAACAUAGAGCAACAGCGUAAGUCUCUACUAUCCCUAGUAGCAGUACCCUAGAUCUGAUGCCAUGUGUAAAUUCGCUUCACGAUAAGAAGAUUUAGAAAUUUUUGAGUUGCAGAGAUUGAAUUUUGGUGUUGUUGACAAGAACACAGAUAGUGUCAGCAUUUUCCUCUGUAUAUCAAAUCUGAAUCCUGAAACUGAAAGCUUUAAUGAAUGGUGAAUGGCUUGAACUA